AAAUGCCCAAAUAGCAGUCAACUAUUACAGAUACAAUGGGACAAGGCAAAAGCAACGGCGUUUGGAAAAAAAACAUAUCGACACGUCACAUUUAAAGAUAAAAGAUAUCAAAAUAUAUAAUACUUUGAUGCAUUCAUGGGCAAAACAGGAGAAGCUUGACAUGAUAAAGCAGUGCUUCUCCAACAUGAAGGAGGAUGGGUUGACAGCUGACCUUCAGUCGUACGCCGCGUGUUUGGAGUGUUUGGGUCGGCAAAAAAAUCCAGACUUCAGUUUACUAGAGCGCAUUGUGGAAGAUGUGAAAAAGGAUAAUCUUGACAUUCGAGAGAUGUUUAACCAGUGUGUUUUUGUGAAAGAUGAAAGACAGGCUGUUUACCAGGCCAUCCGUCAAGUCUUGCCAGAUUACGAGCCAAAUGAACCAAGGGAGAUAAAUCCAUAUGAUAACCAAUUACUAGAGAAUUGGAAGCUUUCACCCAUGGAACAGGUUGUUGAGAAGAACCCAUACCAUGGUGUGAUGUCCACAAGACAGCUGAAAACACGUGCUGAGCAGCAAAUGGAUUUAGAGGUCGCAAAUGAUGUCAAGGUGAAAUCUGUUGUACUACGGGAACCAGCCAAUGAGAGAACUCUGAAAAUGAGGGAGAUCUUACAGGUCAUGGAAGACGAUUGGAGAGCUCAGAUCAAACAGGGACUGGUGAGGAAGAUGAAGUACAUGCAGCGGAAAAAUAAAGGUGACCAUGGCAUGAACUUGUACCCUUUCCUGAAGCUGUUUGAUAUGGAUGGUUACGUGGAUCUAGUAAUGAAGGAAAUUCACCUCUUGGCCACAGAAUCUGAACAUUUCAGCCCUACUUCAAGUUACCUGUGGCGUAGACUAGGCUAUCGUGUUCACCAGAAGUCUCUCAUUCAUCAGAAAGUGAAAAACAAGAUCACAAAAAAGACUGUCAACCUCUACAAGGGUUACAGUGAGCAUUAUGCCAAUGAGGACAUAGGGGCAGAUAACCACCGUCUGUGCUGGCAGAAUCUCAGCAUGCAGGCAACAGUUGGUCCAACCCUGGAUCAGCCCGAGAAAAACUGGCCAUAUCAUUAUGUCAAGGGCUUGGGAAAAUUGCUGUAUGAUAUCAUUCUAUACGAUGUGAAGUUUGAUGCGAACAUCCUCAAGAGCUCUGAGGACAGAAGGAAGAUUCCGUCAUUUUACUCCAUAUAUAGGAAUUACGGUCACACAACAAAGGAAGAGAUCAAGCCCCAUCCCAACCUGGUUAAAGUGUAUCAGGGUGCUGACCUGGAGGACCUUACAUUUGAAACAAAAGAGUUACCCAUGCUUGUGCCCCCGCUCCCGUGGAUAUCUGCCCAAUCGGGGGGCUAUUUGUUGUCCUCUGCUCAGCUCGUGCGUCUGCCUGACCAGGCUCAGGGACAAAAGAACCUGAUGGGUAAGGUUGCCCCUGAGAAGCUGUAUCCUGUCCUGGAUGCCUUGAACACACUCAGUGCCUGUGCCUGGAAAAUCAACAAACCUAUGCUGGAUUUGAUUGUGGAUGUUUUUAAUAACAAGGGAAAUAAAGAUUUGGACAUUCCACCUCCAGUGUCUGAAGCGCCACCUAUACCUCGGCUUUCCAAGACGAUGUCAUCAGAGGAGCGGUCCAGGGUGUACACUGAACGACUGCGGGUCAAACAGCAGAGGUCCGAGAUGUACAGCCUGUGGUGUAAUGAGCUGUAUCGCCUCUCCAUUGCUAAUAAGUUUCGAGAUGAGAUAUUCUGGUUUCCUCACAACUUGGAUUUCAGAGGACGAACCUACCCGUGUCCGCCACAUUUUAAUCAUUUAGGAAGUGAUGUAGUAAGAAGCAUUCUUUUGUUUGCAAAAGGGAAACCGCUGGGUGAGAAAGGACUUGAUUGGUUGAAAAUACAUCUGGUCAACCUGACAGGCUUCAAAAAAAGGUCAUCAAAUGUGGAACGUUUAGAAUUUGCCAACUCAUUGAUGGCCAGCAUCUUGGACUCUGCUGAUAAGCCCUUGACGGGAGAGAAGUGGUGGCAGACCUCAGAUGAACCAUGGCAGACUCUGGCCUGUUGUAUGGAGAUUGCUAAAGCUGUCCGUUCAGGGGACCCCACACAGUUUGUCUCACACUUCCCAGUUCAUCAGGAUGGCUCAUGUAAUGGCCUCCAACAUUAUGCUGCUCUGGGAAGGGACCAGGCCGGUGCAGAGUCUGUUAAUCUCCACCCAUUUGAUCAACCUAAAGAUGUCUACAGUGAUGUGGCAAUCCUGGUUGAACGAGAGAGACAGAAAGAUGCAGACGAAGGGUUAGAAGUAGCUCAAGUUCUGGAUGGAUAUGUCAGGAGGAAGGUUAUAAAGCAGACCGUCAUGACGACCGUGUAUGGGGUGACUCGGUACGGAGCCAAGUACCAGAUCCUGCGUCAGCUGAAGGACAUCCCAGACUUUCCACAGGAGUUUGCGUGGGCAGCAAGCAUGUACCUAACUGAGAAGACCUUCUUCUGCCUGCAGGAAAUGUUCUCGGCCACCAAAGAGAUUCAGGACUGGCUGACAGUCAGUGCUCACUUGAUAUCGACAGUCUCUGGUAAACCUGUCGAGUGGGUUACCCCCCUUGGAUUUCCAAUCGUCCAACCAUACCACAGGACAACCUUGGCCAAUCGCCAUGGUAUACGAGUGACUGACACCACCAGUAUUUUUGAAAAACCCAAUGCUAUGAAGCAGAAGAAUGCAUUCCCACCUAACUUCAUCCAUUCCCUGGAUUCCACACACAUGAUGUUGACAGCCAUUUACUGUUUACAGGCAGGCAUCACCUAUGUCUCCGUCCACGACUGUUUCUGGACACAUCCCUGUGAUGUCGAGGUGAUGAACAAGAUAACCAGGGAGCAGUUUGUGGCUUUGCAUGAGCAGCCCAUACUGGAGGAGCUCUCCAAGUACCUAGUAGAGAAGUUUGGGUCCAGCUUUGACAGCCCCACCCAUCAACCACCAGAUGAGGCCAAAUCGCACAAGUUCCUAGACAGUAUUCUCAGACAGGUCCCACAAAAAGGGGAUUUUGAUCUCAACAACGUAUUAAAGUCCACGUACUUCUUCAGCUAACAUAACGCGUGUAUGACAGACAUGGUGCUGACCAAUGUGGUAACCUGGACAUACCCAUACUCACCUUGGUGAAGAAAGUGGGUCAUUCAAGGUCAGACGUAAUUAUUAUUACAGUGGACACACAAGUAGAAGUGGAUAUUCAUUGUCCCCAGAAUUUUAUGGAGAUUUUCAAGAAGCUGUAAGAAGUCGCUGUGAUAUAUGUUCUGUAUAUCUUGGCCACAGCUUUAACUUGAAACAUUGCUUUACAGUGAAGCCCGCGAAGCAUGGUGUUUUUGGUGAUUCAGUGCUUGUCAGGCUUCGUUAUGACUUCAAGAAAACUACAAAGGCUGUUUUCGAUCAACAUUGCAAGCCAAGAUUACAGCUUUCACUUGAAUGAAUCCCAACCAAUUCAUGUCAGGUCCAGAGUGAACUACAAGCAGGGACUAAACACCCAGGAUAUACACGUCCUCAUAUAUAAAGGGAAAUAUUCUUAAGUAUGGCAUAAAACACCAAUCAAAUAUAAUAGAUAUAUUUUACCAUUUCACCAGAGAAACAAAGUGUCAAUCAGCAUAUAGUAUUACGUGUACUCCUGUGUGUGGGGGGGGCCUCUGUGGCUCAGUUGGUUAGCGCGCUGGCGCAGCGUAAUGACCUAAGAGUCUCUCACCAAUGCGGUCCCUGUGAUUUCAAGUCCAGCUCAUGCUGGCUUCCUCUCUGGCCGUAAGUGGGAAGGCCUGUCAGCAACCUGCGAAUGGUCGUGGGUUUCCCCCGGGCUGUGCCGGGUUUCCACCCACCAUAAUGCUGGUCGCCGUCGUAUAAGUGAAAUAUUCUUGAGUACGGCAUAAAACACCAAUCAAAUAAAUAAAUAAAUAAAUAAAUAAAUAAAUAGUACUUUUGUGUGUACGUGUUUUGGAUUCUGUAUAAUCCAAACAACACACAUGCACAAUUUUACCAUUUUGCCAUAUGUUAACUGUGGUUCCCCCACAUGGUCACCUCAGUAUGUCUGCAUUUUUUUUUUUAAAUGUCCACGAAUUUAUAUGCAUUGAUAUUCAGUGACUGAUAGUUGCCUCUGGAAAUGUAUAUAUAGGAUAGAGUUGUUUGGCUACCUGGAGAGUGCCAUCAUAAGGUAUGAUGGUAUCUUUAAUACUAAUUGCAUUUAAGAGCAUCUCAAACUAUAUGGAAAAAAUAUGGAUAACCAUGAUAUUAAAAGCGUACUCAAUACAAUAGGUAAAAUUUGAAUAAAAUAUUUGGCUGUUCAGAGUUUAUCAUGUAGCUUAUAUAACAUCUUCAAGAAAAGUUU